AUGGAGGUCCUCACCUGGCCACAGAAACCUCUAAAAUGUGCAAACCGAGGCCGGUCAGCUGUUCGUUGUUUGAGUACUUCUGGUGAUCUCUCUGGCCACCUCCUUGCCUACCUGAGCCUCAGCCCCAUAUUCAUCAUUGUUGGUUUUGUGACCCUCAUCAUAUUCAAGCGGGAGCUGCACACGAUCUCAUUCCUCGGGGGCCUGGCACUGAACGAGGGGGUCAACUGGCUGAUCAAACACGUCAUCCAGGAGCCGCGGCCCUGUGGAGGUCCCCACACGGCAGUGGGCGCCAAGUACGGGAUGCCCUCCAGUCAUUCCCAGUUUAUGUGGUUUUUUUCCGUCUACUCCUUCCUUUUUCUGUAUUUAAGAAUGCACCAAACGAACAACGCCAGGUUCCUGGACUUGCUGUGGAGGCACGUGCUCUCCCUGGGUCUCCUCACCGUGGCCUUUCUAGUCUCCUACAGCAGGGUCUACCUGCUUUACCACACCUGGAGCCAGGUACUCUAUGGGGGCAUCGCUGGAAGCCUCAUGGCCAUCGCCUGGUUCGCCUUCACCCAGGAGGUCCUCACCCCACUGUUCCCCAGGAUAGCAGCCUGGCCUAUUUCUGAAUUCUUCCUAAUCCGGGACACAAGCCUCAUUCCCAAUGUACUCUGGUUUGAGUAUACGGUGACCCGGGCAGAAGCCAGGAACAGACAACGCAAGCUGGGGACGAAACUGCAGUGACUGGUGAGCGUGGCUGGGUCCAGCCUCCAGAUCUGGCCUGCGUGAAGCCUUGCAGGAUGGACGGAAUGACAGACAGAAGGAUGAAGCAGAGACCUCUAUAGACCCAAGUCACCAAGUGGAGCCUUUUUUUUUCUUAUUUUAAUUUUAAUGAACAAGGUGGACCAAAGGGCCAAGCCAGCCCCUCAACCAGGACCCUGGAGGGCCUGCUGCCAGGGGUCACACGGCCGGAGACCCUCGCUGUGCUGCUCCUAGCCCCCGGUUGGGCGGAAAGUGCCCUCGGUGUGGGCGCUAGGGUGUGGGGUAGAGGAGGAGGGCUUGCACCUCUGGUCACGGGGCCAGGAAAUCCAGGUGGCGUGAAAAAUAUACACUAUUUAUUUUUUGGUUUUGUCAAAAGCAGCUGGGAUUUGGGAGAUGGGGUUGGGAGAGCCUUCUCUGCGUUGGCUGCCCCAGGUACAGAUGGGCCCAGGUCAGUUUCCCAGGCCCUUUGCCCUGAGCCCAGGGGGCAGACUGCCUCUCCUUGGGUCUGAGAGGUGGCCUGGGGGUCCAGGAGAGGGGAGCACCUCUGUGCCCUCCCUGCCACCAUUGCCAUUCCAGAACCUCGUUCAGUGUUUCCUCGUCUGGGGGCCGGGGCCCAGAGAGAGCGCGCAUCCGGCGGCUGCUGUCCUUGUGUCCUAACCCCCGUCCCCACCCUGUACCACAAGGGCUUUCUCUGGUCCCCUGUCCCCAAGACAGCGGUCCCUCUCUGACAAAAGAGCCUGCACAUGUGGGUGAGCAAACCCAGGUUGUUUACAGCUCUUUCCUGUCCUGCCAUCCAGCAGUUAGUCCUCAUCUCCAUGCGAACAAAACGCAAAGGAACGGGAGCCGGUGAGGGGUGGGGCAGUGGGCGCCCCCUGCCCGCCCCUCCCUCUGUGCGCUCUGAACAUUCCUUGUCCGUCCGACCCCCUCCGAGAGGCUGGGAACCCACUUGGGGUCACCGUUGAGCCUGUGUCUGGGGUGUGGGUCACAGGUCCCCAACUGUCCAGGUCAGGGAAUGACAGCCCCUCUGAAAGGGCCUCGAUCUCUAAGUCGCUCUAAAAAUGGAGUUGUGGAAUAGACAUGCUUCCAGCUCUUGGAAGUUUCUAGAACUGACCCAGGCUGUUUGGGACCUCCUCACCCCCCUCUUUCCUUUGUGGAGGUUCCCAGUCUGCUGCUGAAGCACAAUAUUUUGGUGCUUUCUUUUCUCAUUUGUUAAAGACAGUGUCCAAAAGCCAUUCCAGAUGCCAGGACCAGGGGCCUAUUUAUGGGGAAGGUUGGUCAGUCCCCACAUUUUCUUCCCCUUCCCUUCUUAUUUUUAACUUUUUGCCUGAGACAAGCCAAGUGUGAGGUGGUUUGAUUUAAGAAAAAUCAAUGAAAUUGUUUACUAUUGUUUUAAAAUAAAACCUUGAACUCUGA